AUGGAAAAAAGAGAUGAGAAGCUAAAAGUAAUCCAUAGAAUCAAGAACUCUUUAUCAGAUUGUUUUCAUGGUGACGACAAAUACGAAAAUGAUAAAAUAUCUUCAGAUCAUGAAUAUAUUCCCAUUGAUCUAACGAGGGAGAUACUUAUGAGACUGCCUGCAAAAUCUAUCUUGAGGUUUCAUUGUGUAUCAAAGCUAUGGUUGUCUAUUACCACCCAACAAGAUUUCAUCAAUUCGUUCACGGUUCGACAGUCAUCAAUUCCUCCCCAAAGUCUUCUUCUCACCUUCACCGAUUCUGAUAUUGAGAGGAAGAGAUUCUUCUGCAUGCUGCCUUUAAAUGAGAAGUCUACAAGUUAUUCUGAUGUGGACAAUUUUCAUAUCAUGCCCCCUUUAAAAGAUUGUCGACAAUACAGCUGCAGUAGCAUUUCUAUCAAUGGCUUGAUCACUUUCGGAAACAAGACAGAGAUUGUAAUUUGGAAUCCCACUAUGAAAGAACAUAUAACCUUGCUUAAACCUAAAACCGUAGGUAGCCUUUUAGAAUACGACCCUAUGGACAAUACAUAUAAACUACUAUUGAUGGGCUGUUAUUCUGAUAAAUUAGAGGAAGAAUAUCAAAACCCUCAAAUUCUUACAUUAGGAUCUCAAGAAUCAUGGAGGGUGACCAAAAAUAGCCCUCAUCAUCUGGCUAGUAGUGAUUAUUAUUGCAUCAAAGGAGUUGUGUAUUAUAGAGCAUAUAUAUCUUCGUUUCCCAAAGAAAUCCUGGCUAUGAGAUUCAAACGGAUCAUUAUGAGUUUUGAUGUGAGGUCCGAACAGUUCAAAUCAAUCCAAAUACCUAGUCGUGUGCCCCGACAUGAAUCAAAUCUUCACGAGUCUAUAUUGAGUUACCAAGGAAAAUUAGCAUGGGUUUGCAGUUAUUCAAAUAUUAUCAAAAUAUGGGUUUGGCAGGGUGCUGAAAAACAAGACUGGUCAGAAAAUGAAUUUGUUAUACCUUUGCCUAUAAGAGAUUUGCUUGGGAGGACUUGGUCGUUAAAUGGUGCCACUAGUACUGGUGAGUUUAUCUAUGUAGUAUCAGGAAAAUUGUUUAAAGAUAUUUCUGUUUUUUAUUAUGAUCCGGUGAGAGAGACGAUCAGAAGUGUCAAAGGACUUGACUAUGAGAAAUUUAGGCGUUGUUAUGGAUCUAGGAACGAUAGAAUGUCUUUUCUCAAUAUUUGAACCAACUUCUAAAAAACUCUCUCUGUCCCGAAUAUCGAGAAACUCGAGGAAAGAAUCUUCUCCGACGCCGGCGAAGCUUCGGCUCGCUGGCCCUUGUCCAGAGAUAGAUGGCGUGAUAGCUUCCCGGUGACCCUCGUUCCGAUGCAAUCCUUUCGCCCAAGCCCUAUAUCGAACCUCACUACUAAGAAAUCCAACCAAUCUUUCAGAUCUGGUACUCUGCUUCGGAUGACUGAACUCUCCGUCAAUCCAAAGCCAGCGGCUAAGUUGCAGGUAGGUAUCGAUUCACGGUUUGGAAGCCCACGGCAGCGAGAAGCUGAAACGACGUCGAAGAGGCUAUCCCUCACUCCUUCCAAUCCCCCCUUUGCCUUGAAACCCCCCUGCUUCAGGCCUCCAACGCCCCUUGUUCCAACGGUGUAUAGCGGCUCCGAUCUGUUUGUGUACUUGUCCCUGCGCCGCCACACCAACGCCAACCUCUACACAGCCAUCCGGAAACUAGGUUUUUCUGUGAUGGACCUUUGGCUAACUCUAGGCCCAAUAACCUUUGGAUGGCCCAUUACCAAAAGUUUAUAUUCAUGCGCUCAAGUGUUAAAGCCCAGGUCUGGUUUUCUGUUCUUAAUUUUCUCGACAUCUCAGCGGAUAUUUCUUUGCUCUUUUUUGGGUGAAACUCUUUCGAGAUGCAAAGUUCCCCGUUGGUACUGGUUACACCAGCUUGGAAUCAUAUGGCCACAUUACCCCUCGGUAAGGUUUUGCACCUGCUUUGUCUGGCUAAAACCCCCUCGACCGUAUAAAUCUGAUUGUAGAGCUUGUCUACUUAGAGAUGCGUAUAUUUCUGUUCUAUGAAGUAAAAUCCUUUUGAUUCCGUUUGUCCCUGCUUGGUCAAGUCGAGGCCUCCUCGGUAGCAGAACAAUGGAUCUCUUUGUUUUACUUGUUGGAUAUUUGUGUCGAUGCCAUCUGACAACCGUUGCUUGGAGGGCUGCAACAUUGAAUUGUAACCGUGUUUUCGACCCAACCGUCGUCUUGAUGUGUUUGCUUGCACCUUUGGCUCCCGAUUGCUACCUACCACCAACAGAAAGACUCUUCCAGCUGCAGCUCCUAUCCAGGUUUGGCCUGAACUCCACUCUUUUCCACCCAAAGCACCCAUUGUGUAGCCUAAUAGUAUCAUUUGCUAGACGACUGCCUUUGAUCGUUAAGCCACUAUUGGUCCUAGCUUGGUACAAGAGUUUUUUGAAAAACCUGUUAUUAGAGUCACCUAGGAAAAACCCUUUUGACGGAGAUCUCACGAUGGUACCCCACAUUAUGAUCCCGCCCCUUUGGUGCGGUGGUUACCGGUGUCCCCUCAGCCUCUCCUCCCCAGCAAGCCUGCUUACCAAGUUCUCUAACCUGCAUCUUACCAACUUGUUGAAGUCCCUCCAUAAAAGCUUGAUGAAUUGUGGCAUUAUGACCUCAACUCCAAGGAGUUGUGGUUACCUCAAUCUCUUCAAGCAACGCCUACCCUAUCUUAAAACUGCAACCAUCGAUCCAGUUGCUGAUAAUCAGAGCUUUGCUCGACCCUUUAUCAAAGCCCUACUUCGUGUAGACUGUCUCAUUCCGGUGAGCUCUCCAGCUUUGGCCAUUUCAACGCCGCUUCGUCUUCGACUCAAGACAGUGGUCAUCCUUUAUUUCAGUGACUUGCUCAUUGAUGACGCAUCGAUACUUCUUGAUCUCACAGGUUCCGAGUUGCUUUCUAGCUUCUGGUUCAUAGCUCUCAAACCCCGUUUAUCAACUGCCCUUAUCUAUCUUUGUAUCCUUGUUGUUUUAAGCUAUUGGGUUCCCCUUUUAUGCUGUUGUCUAAACUUUAUCUUUUGUUUGUACUCCCGUUUUUCUUCUAAUGGAAUGAAAACACACCUUUGAUCAAAAAAAAAAAAAAAAAAAAAAAANGUCUUUUCUCACAUCUUAUCCGGAUCACAUCGAGAGUCUCGUAUCUCCAAAAAACCUUGUGUGAUUAUGUCUUUCAUGUAUUUUAGGUUUCUUUUGUAUUCCUUUUAAAAAACAAAAACAAAAAUCUCAUUUGAGAGUUUUUUAUAGUUUACAUUUCAUAGUUCUGUCUUCCCCACCAUUCACAAUUUAAUGAUAACUACUAUUGAUUUUUUACAUUGCAAGUA